UUGCUUGGCGCGAUUUACAGAUUGUUGUGAUCAGGAUUGGCGGGAGAUUGACAGGAGCUGCAGCUGAAAGUGAAGCGACACAAGAUUUAAAUUUUGCUGCAGUUUUAGCUUUUCAAACAAACAGCUAUAUGCGUGAAUUCAUAUUGUCCUUCGUGUAAAAUUCAAUAUGGACGAUUUUUGCGUCUUUGUGGUUUUGGGAGUAAAUGAACUGCCACGCAAGCUGAUAAGUGUCGACGAGAGUCUGCAGCGCUCUAUUGCAAUGCCUCCGAAUGUCCGACAAGCGGUGCUGUUCUCACAUGGAAGAUGGAGGGAGCACACUGGCGUAACCGUGGAAAUGACUGACUUAGAAGGCGGAACCAUCACUUUGGGGAAACUGACACCAAAUCACAAGUGCCUAUUAUGGGAUUGCUGGGAAGGAGCAAUACGGAGGGGUGUUUCAACCUUAACUGUGAAGAUGGAGGGAGGCAGUCUGGGCAAUGAGGAACUUCAAUAUGCUUCUUAUGAUGAACUCCAGAACUCACAAAAAGAAUGCACUAAGGGUGCUGCUCCGCUUCCAGUCUUGGAAGCUCGUGGCAAGAGGAAGAGAGGGCAAGAUGUGAAGGAAACCCUCAAUAAGGAUCAGGAGAACGUCUGUCCCAACAGCUGCCUCUCUGAUAGGUCCACACCUCGCCGGAGGGUCAGGGGUGCUUCCCGCGGAGGGCACACUCGGCUCGUAGCCCAGAACGACUCACCGGCUCACAUGUGCACUCCUGAGAAGCACAAGACCAGGGGCAAGCAAGCCAGGACUCAGACGCAAACUGAAGUCUCUUUGGGCAGACCUUCAAGUCGCUGGGGUCAAACCCUUUGCCCUGUUGACACCCAAACUGCAAUUCUUAUUGGAGGACAGGGCUCCAGGAUGCAGUUCUGUAAAGAUCCCAUGUGGAAGCUGUGUACAGAGGACAUGUCGUGGGUGGCAGCGGAGACUUUGGCAGAGGGCCCUACUCCCGAAGGCAGGAUAGGCCACACGGCCACCUUCGAUCCGGAGUCAAAACGGAUCUACGUCUUUGGCGGAUCUAAGAACAAAAAGUGGUUUAAUGAUGUCCACAUCUUGGAUACCCAGAGCUGGCGCUGGACCAUGGUGGAGGCUCAAGGCAAAGUGCCCCCCCUCGCCUAUCACAGCUGCAGCCUGUUCCGUGGUGAGCUUUUUGUGUUCGGGGGGGUGUUCCCUCGUCCCCAUCCCGAGCCAGAUGGCUGCAGCGACUCACUGUACAUCUUUAACCCUGUACUGGCCAUUUGGUACCAGCCCAUUGUUAACGGGGACCGGCCUGCACCACGUUCCGGGCAUUCAGCAUGUGUGCUUCAAGGGAAAAUCUUCAUGUUCGGAGGCUGGGACACGCCUGUCUGUUUCAAUGAUAUGCAUGCACUGGACCUGGGCCUGAUGGAGUUUUCAGCUGUGAGGACUUCAGGGACCGGCCCAUCCCCUCGCAGCUGGCACGGAUGUGCGGUUCUUUCUGAGUCAAAGUUCCUGGUCCACGGGGGGUACAAUGGGAACAAUGCUUUGACUGACUCGUUCAUAUUUGACACAGACACAAGCUGCUGGACCACAGUUGUUAACACCCAGUUGUCUGCAGUACCCAGAGCUGGACAUUCUAUUAUCACUAUGGUAAAACCAAACACAGAGGCUCCUACCAAAGACGAGGAGGAGCAGAUGUCUGAAGUUCUGCCUCAGAUCCUGCUUGUUUUUGGUGGUGGUGACAAUGAAGGCAGCUUCUUUUCAGAUUUGAUGACUAUGAUGAUCGAUGAUUUGCUUGAUUAAAUUGUGUGUGUGUGUGUGUGUGUGUGUGUGUGUGUGUGUGUGUGAGCGGGGGUCAGUACACAUAAUCUUCCACUUAUGUCUUUGUUUCUUGUACACUUUAUACUUUCUGAAUUUUGUUGUGCUACAUUUAAAUAGGAUUUUCAUCUUAUGCAGACUUUCUCUAUAUCUGACACUUUUGUAUAAUGUAGUCUCAACUUAAAAUCAAAGAAUUAUGUCAAUUACUGAAAAGCUGUCUAAAGGUUAAUAAAGUUUUAAUUUUGAA